CUUUUGUGCGGUUCGGUAAAAGCGGUGAAUACAGUUUAGUAUGUACCUCAGUCAGCAGUGAUCAUGGCGGCCAGCACGAUGGCCAGCAAUUCCAACGACAGAACAGUCUUAUACGGUACCUUGCUACUCGUGUGUCAAGUCUGUUUUGCCCUGACUCCAUCGGCGGCAGCUUUCAAUAUCACGUAUAUACAAGAAGACUUAAACGGUAACUGCUGGCAAUAUAUACGAUAUAGGGGAGGACUUGUGUACUCGCAUGCGGGCUACGGAGGUUAUGCCAGCAACGCAGACUGUAAGCUUACCAUCACUACAGAGCACAGGAAGAGGAUUCAUGUGAGAUUCGAGACGUUUGAUCUGACAGAAUCUAUCAAUUGCUACCAGGACGAGGUGGUGGUCUACGAUGGUAAAACAUUCUCUAGUCUGCUUCUCAGUGGCACUCCGUAUGGACUAUGCGGAAAUGGUAUGCCGCCACAAUAUACCGAAAUGGUGUCCUCGGGAAAUAUUGUUACGGUGCGGUUUAUCACCGACGGCAUUGUGUCCGAUAACCAGGGAUUCUCUCUCAUUUACACUACUUUUGUUCCCGACGAAGAACUGACAGGUGAAGAUUCAGACUGUUUCAUGUGCACUGACGGAUCGAUGUGCAUUGAUAACAGCUUAGUUUGUGAUGGACUGGAAAACUGCCUUGAUUCUAGUGACGAAGAGUACGCACUUUGCUUCGAUGAUCCAAAUGAUGACAGUUAUUCGUCGUUUACGUGGUUGACGUGGAUGGGAACUAUAUUCGGUGUUGUUGUAGCAUUUGCAGUAGUCCUAAUUGUGGCCAUCGCCGUUAUCGUCUAUUGUUGCUGUCGAAGCGCCAAUCGACGUUCCAGAAACAAUCAGUGUCAGUACAAUAACAACAUGAACGGUGCUGCACACGGUCCAGGUUACGCGACACAGAUGCACCAUAAUGGUCGUUCUGGUGGUUACAUUGCUCCCCCGUCAUCUAGAUACGGUCCAUCGCAGGUGACGUCUGGAUACGCGUCCUCAGAAGAUGGUUACUUUGGCAACAAUUCAGUCACCUACCACGCAGGACACCACCAGACAAUGGUAGCGUUACCGCCAAACGCGUAGCAUUCAAUAAGCGCACUUAUUUAGGAGGAGUAUACUUAUUCAUUCGUUCACUGUUUUUGCUGCUUCAGCUGAGCGGGGAAUACAACCAGAUCUCUUACAAGAGAUUUGUUGAAUGCGGUGAACAACAAUUACCAUCUAACAGAUGAAGCUGUGUUCAACCAAGACACCGACACGACGGAUGGGACAAUCCGCGAUAUGAUGCCUAUUAUUGAAAACAGUGGCUUCCAGUUAUCAUAUUUUUUGCACAUACUAUUCUCAUGUGUUAGCUUCGCUUGCGAACGCUUAGUUUAAUUGAUUGCAAUGUAUUUGAGUCAGUCCUUAUGACUAUCAUUACUGAAUCAAUUUCGUUUUUCGAUGUAGCCAUUCUCGUGCGCGUUUUCACAGGAACGCCUGUUUAGAAAUCGCAGAUUAUUAACGCGUUCUAAAUGGAAAUAUUUACGCUGGUCAUGCACUAAUUGAUUUAGAUUAAGUUAAAAAGUGAUUAUCCUUUUAUUUUCGAAACCUAUUGAGAAAUACUAUCCCACCCGCUUCUACUUAUUGCAUAUUCUUGUCAGCGUAAUAUGUUGAAAGCCAUGUUUUCAUGCAAGUAGACAGUGGUUUCAGAACAACGUCAAGGCGCGUUAAAUGUUUGGGUGCUUUGUGGAACAGUGGACACUGUGCUAGUAGUUUAUGUCCAAUAUAAAAAAAGAAUUCAUAUAUAUAUACGACAACUUCCAGAUGUUCGUUGGUCAAGUUAUCAAUAAUCUUCUAAACUAGUGAGUGUUUUACGCUUCAAAAUUGAUAAAACUGAAAACGAAAAGCUAUAAAAGAAAUAUUUCUGAAUAUAAAAUUUCAAUGGUAUUAUUACUUGAUUGUAUUGGCAACGCAUGUUUAAGCACACCAUUGCUUGAUUUCGAAAUUACAUUUAGCUCUAAACUGGAAUUUGAUAUUCCAAGUACACUUUGUGUAAAUCACGAAGUAAAAAGAGUAUUCAGCUUUAGUCCGACUGCUGUAUAACAGUCUGUCGUCCAACAUGUGAUCAGUGUGUGCGUGCGUGCGUGCGUGUGUGCGUGCGUGGGUGUGUGUGCAUGUGUGUGUGUUUGUUUGUUUGUUGUACACAUCCUAACAAUAGAAGCACUAUUGAGUAUAUUACAAAAUAUUAAAAUAGUAAUAUUUAACUAUGAAAAGAUAUAAUAUAUAUUUAAGUGGCCCCCACAUAUAGAUAUCAUAUUUAGACAUGUGUCUACCAUACCUUAUAUGUUGUGUUGUUGUAUAGGUGGACCGUCCACCCAAUGUGUACACUGCAGGACUUAAAGCAGUCGGGGAUAGGAUGCGAGGCUAAGCCGUGUCCAGGUGACAGAGACGGGUGCAUUUGUUUAAUAGUGCAUAUUUUUUUAUUUAACCGAGAUUCAAAGCUGUACAGAUUUAAUAUUAUCUUGGUCGAGGGAGUUUCUAAAAUAAAUACAAUUUUUCUCA